AUGUCCGACUCAAUCGGCCAUCUCAAGUCUUUGACUUACUUGGAUCUCGCAUACACCAACUUAUCAGGACAGAUGCCCGACUCAAUCGGCCAUCUCAAGUCUUUGACUUACUUGGAUCUCGCAUACACCAACUUAUCAGGACAGAUACCCGACUCAAUCGGCCAUCUCAAGUCUUUGAAUACUUUAAUACUCGUUCAUUGUAGUUUGAUGGGUCCUCUUCCCAAAUCCCUACUUAAUCUUAGGCACCUUACUACYCUAUAUUUAUCAUAUAACAAGCUUAAUGGAACAUUACCUUCUUGGUUGUUUACUCUUCCCUCACUGGAAGCUAUCUUUCUCUCCAACAACAUGUUCGGCGGAAGCUUACCAUUGGAAUUAUUCACCCAACAAUCAUUAAAGCAAUUACUACUCGAUAACAAUCAAUUUGAUGGAACGAUAGAUGUGCUUGAUCAAGGAUCCAUUCAGCAAACAUUUCAACAACUCCCGAACCUCACUUUGCUUGAUCUCUCAUUUAACAAUUUUACGGGCGUAUGGGAGUUGGAUACUUUAUUAUCAAGCCUCAGGACCCUUGAUUAUCUUUCUCUCUCAUAUAGUGGUUUAUCUGUUAUGACCAAUAAUGCCAGUCGCUAUGUCAAUCCUAAUUUUCAAGCCUUGGAGUUAGCAUCUUGCAAGAUAAAGGUGUUCCCAGAGUCCUUACGAGCCAUGAGAAAACUUCACUCUUUAGAUCUAUCGAGAAAUGAAAUCGAUGGCUACAUUAAGGAGCUAGAAGGAAAUGAACUGGUUUACUUGGAUCUCUCACAUAACAUCAUAACAGGGCCAUUCCCUCCAUCAAUUUGGAACAUGGACAAUCUACGAUAUUUGAAUCUGUCCAAUAAUCACUUUAGUGGAGUGAUUAAACCUGGAGAUAUGAACUUCUCUCCUUCAGUUAUAGAUAUGGGGAACAAUAAUUUUAAUGGCACCAUUCCACAUGUGUGUGGUGGAGAAUUAACGGGGCUUAUUUUGAAUGGAAAUCAAUUUGAWGGUAAGGUGCCAAGUUGCUUUUCCAMAUGCUCAUACUUGCAAGUGCUUGAUCUGGGAAACAACCGCUUAACUGGUGCAUUCCCUGACCAGUUAGGACGUCUUCGAUAUCUGAAUGUUCUUGUCCUCCGAUCAAACAAGUUUCAUGGUCCCAUAGAAAGAAGCUCUUUUAUGAUCGAACACCCAUUUCCUAGUUUGAGAGUUAUUGACUUAUCUCAAAAUGAGUUUGGAGGCCAUCUCCCUGGAAAAUAUUUUCAAAAUUUUGAUGCUAUGAAGAAUGUGGUCAAUGAUGGCACGAAUACAUAUCUAAAUCUUUACAGCUCUACCAUCUUUUACUCUAUCAUUGUUGUGGUGAAGGGUCAACAACUCUUAUUUGAGAAAAUUUCAAACGGCUACACGAUUGUUGAUCUAUCUGAUCCCACAUACUAUAGGUAA